AGAAGUUCCUGGAAGCAGGGGAAGGAGCUCGCAGGAGAAAAAAAAAUGCGGGGGAAUUUCUGACAGACUCAACUUUAUUCUCACUAAGUUAUCAAACAGCAAAACUAAAAGUUCUAAUGAAGGAAAUAUCCCGCAGGAUUGAGGCAGCCGUUCAUCCUGACGCGCCAGUUUUGGACAUCAACGCACAAAUGGCAUGAUCUUUGGACACUCAUUUUACAUAGAAAACCUGGCUGCUGGAAUAAGUCUCUUCAUGAUCAUAGCCGCUGUGCUGAAUUGACCUCAGCCAUGAGUGGAAAAGGCUGCCAGCUCCUUGUGUCUCCUUGCAGUGUCUCUCCAUCAUUAAAUGCGAUCAGAGGGCACCCGUCUCAGACCAUUGGGAUACCUGGGUCCUCUUCCCCUCAACAAAACCGAUUUGGGUCAUCUAGAGGAAGAACAGAGAACCCAAAAAGAAAAAGCAUUCCUUCUGUAAAUCCUGGGAAACAAAAUGAAGGCCAUGUCAUCCUGCCUAGCCUGAGCCUCCGCAGAAAGGUUUUGACCAAUGGGAGAGAUCUAACCGUUCCAGACGGAAACUCACAGCAAAUGGACCCGUUUACACUUCAAAACACAACCACAGCAAUAGUCAAGAAUGCAAAACUCCCAAACCCCUCUAACUACAACAUCAAAGCUGACUUUGCAGUGUCUGGAUGCACUAUAGUGACCAGCAGUCCUACAAGUGUUUUCUCAGGACCAAUGUUUCCUGCAAGGCCUUGUCCACCAUCAUGUCACAGUAUGCCCGUUUCUCAUACUGAUGCCAGGUCCUUACCGUCCAGAGAAUCCCUGGCAUCCACCACCCUCAGCCUGUUUGAAACCCAAUCUGUGUUUAGUGGCAAACAAGAUUGGCCAUAUGGUUACCGUGUGCUUCCCCCGGUGGGACUAUCUCAGAGCUCUGCCCAAGCCGGUGAGGGGGGUGAACAGUUCAGCCUCCCCCCUGGUACCGCCAUGUCGGGCACGACCACAUCAGGGGAAACAAGCACCUCUGCCUCCUUGCCCUCAUAUCUUUUUGCAGCUGAGGCCGGAAGCCCCAGACAAUCUCAUGCCAAGAAGAGAGCGCUCUCCACAUCACCAUUAUCAGAUGUCUUCGGCGUUGAUUUUAAUAGCAUUAUUCGCACCUCACCUACGUCCCUUGUGGCUUAUAUCAACGGUUCAUCCCAUUCCACACUCUCUCCUGUUCAGUCUGAUGGAUAUGGUCAUUUCCUAGGGGUGAAAGGUCGCUGCAUACCUCCCAAACAUCCAUGCAGCAUGCUUAGCUCUGUACAAGGACUCUCCCCACUAUCAGAGUGUGGCCACAUGCAGGGGCUCGAAGAGGGUGGGAGUCUGGAGAACCAGAUGGCCAACAUGAUGGUUGGGCCACAGUACCUUUCAGAAAAAGAGGGGCUUCUGGAGAAAACCUCCGACUGUUGCAGCCAAACAUCCCACAGAAUCCUACCACUUGUACAGUCAGAGUCAGCAACUUUGAUGAGAACCCAAGAAGCUUCUGCUCCACAUGGGCCUCCACCACCUUACUACUCUCACCAUCACAUAAACCCUUCCCGACAUCACUGCAAAAUGAAAGCCCAAUCUCAGAGUGCUGCCACACAAGCUCCCAUGUUUCCACACAGGAAUGGAGUCGGCUUUUUACCCAAGAUUCCCAUGCUUGAGGAGGAGGACGGGGAGGUAGAGGACUGUGGUACCCACUUCUGCAGGUGGAUGGAUUGCACUGCCAUUUAUGACCAAAAGGAGGAGCUGGUAAGGCACAUAGAGAAGCUCCAUGUGGACCAGCAAAAGGCAGAUGACUUCACUUGCUAUUGGGUUGGCUGCCCAAGAAACUUAAAGCCAUUCAACGCCAGAUACAAGCUUCUUAUCCACAUGAGGGUCCACUCCGGGGAGAAGCCCAACAAAUGCUCGUUUGAAGGAUGCAACAAGGCUUUCUCUCGGCUUGAAAACCUGAAGAUCCACCUGCGCAGCCACACAGGGGAGAAGCCCUAUCUGUGUCAGCACCCAGGGUGCCACAAAGCGUUCAGCAACUCAAGUGACAGAGCUAAACACCAGCGAACACACCUGGACACAAAGCCAUAUGGCUGCCAGGUUCCUGGGUGUGCAAAACGUUACACUGACCCCAGUUCUUUGAGGAAACAUAUGAAGUCCCAUUCUACCAAAGAGCAGCAGUUAAGAAAGAAGAUGAAAUCGUCUGCAAAUGCAACCCAAGACAUGCUGACCGACUGUUUAACUAUUCACUCUCUACAUUCCAACCUUUCCCCUCUGGCGAGGAUAGACAGCUUGAACCCAGCUCUUGGUGCAACACAAGGACAGGAUACUUAUAACAGUUCCCAGCUGGCUCAGAUGUUCACAGUACAAGAUAACUACAGCGGAUCAGCACUGCUGAACAACUGUGAUCUGAAGCAACUUGGCCAGCCUCCAGAGGUAGCAGAUCAGAGCUCAGAAUGUGGCGUCCACGUUCGAAAUCAAGACGCCUCUGCUUAUCAAGAGUUGCAUGGCGGGGAUUACUUCUGUAUGGUGGAUCACACUACGAGCAAUGUCCCCAGCAUUUAUACAGAGGCAUGAAAUCACUGUUGUCAGUGAUAUCAUGCUGAUUUAUCACUUUAUAGCAAAUAAAUUGUUUAAAUGUACAACUAUACUGUGUAAUCAAUUGUGAAAGUCUCAGGAGGGCUGCUUACAGAAGAACUUCAAGGUUUUCAUGUUUUUUACAUGGUUUCUGAACGUCUUAGAUAUAACAUAUGGCAAGUCUUAUGUUUUAUCCUUUCAGGUGGCAUUUUGCACAAUGUCAACACUGCAAUCAAAGCAAAGUAUGCAAGGGAUGAUUUAUUACAGUUUUUUCUUAGAACCGUGUCUUGGUUUCUAUAGUAACAAGGCAGCCUUUAUUAUCUGACAGCAAUGUCAUACGUAUUACUUGUUGCUUGAAUGUAGUAAUGUGCAAUGAGUGUUCCUGUGCUUAGAUAAUAAGGCAAAUGACUGUUUGUGCUCACACCAGUGGUUUUGAAUGUUUUAUUACCACAAAUUAUUUAAACUCGACAAAUUGGUAAGCCCUCUAUUAAAGCAUGAAGUAAUGCUUUUGGACUUCCUCGUUUUCAUUUGUCCAUAUGGUAAGAGUUACGCUGUUAUACUAACCAGGUGAAAUCAUAAUUAGUUGUUUCUUGUUUGUAUUUUUACAGAUGAUCAAAAUGUACAUUACUUGUUAUGUGAUUUUAAACUGAAUUUUCUAGUUUUGCAUAAGAGAAGCAAACAAUUUCUUUUAUCUCUUUUAUGUGUGUUUUAUUAUAUUAUGUAUGAAUUGUCUAAAGAUUUAUUUUGGAAAAAAAAUUUUUUACAAUAAAUUCCAAGGUACAAUAAGUUUUAUAUUUUAAAUUUGAGCCUAAAAGUUAAGAUUUUUAUCUUUUUAUUCAGUAAAUGGGACAAAGUCAGGGGAAGUGUCUUAGUGCAGUAGCUUGGAAAUUAAACAUAGCAGCACCUUACAGAUGAAUUUUGAUACUGCUGUGGGAAGCCCAGUAUGGGUGUUAUAAACCAAAGUAAUGAAAGGCAGUUUGUAACAUAACCUGCCAUUCAAAACACUAGAAUUGCAUUAUUGUAUUUUUUUAUUUAUUAUUUUUUUAUGUUAUGGCUUUUAAAUGCUGUCAACGACAAUUGUGAUCCUUACGGCGAACACUUUGGUCAUUAAUGCCUCAAAGCAUUACAUAUUUAGAAUAGAAGCAAAAAUAAAUUCCAUUAUUAUCCCACAGUGGCUAAGAAAAUGUUUCUAAAUUCUAAGGCUAAAGUGUUUUGGUGGAUGAUCAGAAGUCGUUUCGCCUUUCCCAUGUUUAUUGCAACUGAUUUCACACAUAUUUCUUGCAUAAACAAAAGGCUUUUUUUGUUUUUUUAGAAGCUGCUUUUUUUUUAUGUUAUUUCUCUUGAAAAUCAAAGAAAGUUUUUUUAUUAAAUUGAAUUGAUUAGAACUUAAUUGAAUUGUGACAGUUGUCCAGAUGCUGCUACAUCAUCAAUGUAAAGAAGAAUCUUUGUGUUUAAGGAGUUAAACAUUUAAAGGCUCUAAGGCUUUAAAGGUAAAGGCCAACAGUGUUCUAUUUGUUUAGAGUUCCAUUAUUCCUAUGAAAUAUAAACUCUAUAUCAAUUCGGAAAUUUGCAUCAUCUCAGCCUUUCUUAACAUCCAACCGCCUGGGUCCAGUUGGAAUCAUCUUUCACAUCCACUUAGUUAAAGCUAAAAGGACAUACAGUUUUACUCAAAUCUUUUACCAAGAGUGUUAUGUUUCAGAUAGAUUUCACUAGUUGCUUAGCAACAACUACGACAGCUUUUCCAAAAAGCAUCUGUUUAGUAAAAGCUUAUCAAAUAAAAAAAAAGUCUUGUGCUGUGGACACAGGUGGUUCGUAAGGCUUU